AUGUCAGUAGCGCACAGUCCCGGGUGGCAGAGGACCACAGAGGAGCGCGGCACCGGCCAUGUUUGUCAGGCUCCGUUCACCGCCGAGACCACCGCGGCGAUGACGAAGAGUAGCCCGCGCUUCGGGGCCUUGAGCCGCCACUCGUUCUUCUCACGUCACAACCCUCAUCCGAACCGUGUGACGCAUAUUCAAGGGUUAAACGGAAGGCCGGUGUGCACGGUGAAUGAUGACUGGUGUGUCACCACAUCAUUAUUUCCUCAUCCACUUAUCAGGAGCCAAGUGUUUAUGACAACAGGAGCCUCUUUUGUUCCUCCGCCCGGUCCAAGUCUUUAUGGAGUUAAUAGUGACUAACAUAAAUCAGCACUUUUAUCAGAAGCGUGGAGGGAAGAACUUAAAGAACUGGUUGCAAAAGUCAGUCUGUCCUCUCAAACAAAGAAGGAAAACAAAGAUCAACCCAAGGAGGGAUUCGGUGACAGAAAAACUCAAUACUCGGCUCAGUCUGGCAGAAUCAUCCCUCCUUCCACCAAGGCCUACCAUCGCAGACCCAAUUCUCAGCGCCUGGCACACCCUCAACUCUUCUACGACCAAGAGCUCAUGGUGCUGGAGCUCCUGUGUCAGAUUCUGCAGACAGAUUCAUUAUCUAUGGUGCAGUGGUGGCUGCUGCUCGCAAGUCAGAGAGAAAAGGACAUGGUGAUGGCUUUGAUCCAGCAGGCUUUGGAGGAUAUUGAGGCCUCAGGCCACCAGCAGAAGUUUCAGCAGAUCCAGGCUCUUAAUCCCUGCACGGGUCUGACCAGACAAGGUCCUUCAUUUGGCCAGUCACGCAGAAAGCCAAGGGGAACAAGCUCCCACAAAACACAACAGUCUCCCAGCUGUGAAAAACCAGAGAGGAUUGGUAACGCAGAGGUCCUUGAAGUCCAUCCUGGCGCUCAGCAUCAGUCACGCCAUGAUGCAAGCUAAUAGAGGAGUAUUCAGC